AUCUUCGGUCCUCCUGAUCCCUCAAAGGUUAAGUGUUCGAAUCUGCGUAGAGACAGAGCGACGCUCUGAAGGGCCCUGUGCACACACCUCCACAGAUCGUUACAGCAAGACAAGUGCCUCCGCCAGAACUAUGCGAAUCCCUGAGCACGCACCGGCUCCUACUGGCUUCGGGGCCUCAAGGCUGGUUGAGUAGCUGGCUGCCUACUUGGCGCCCCACUUCCAUGUCUCAGCUGAAGAAUGUGGAAGCCAGGAUACUCCAGUGUCUCCAGAACAAGUUCCUGGCCCGAUAUGUAUCCCUCCCAAACCAGAACAAGAUCUGGACAGUGACCGUGAGCCCGGAGCAGAAGGAUCGGACCCCUCUGGUGAUGGUGCAUGGCUUUGGGGGUGGUGUGGGCCUCUGGAUCCUCAACAUGGAUUCACUGAGUGCUCGCCGCACACUGCACACUUUUGAUCUGCUUGGCUUUGGGCGAAGUUCAAGGCCAACAUUCCCAAGGGAUCCAGAGGGGGCUGAAGAUGAGUUUGUGACCUCAAUAGAGACAUGGAGGGAAACCAUGGGGAUCCCCAGCAUGAUCCUCCUAGGACACAGUUUGGGAGGAUUCCUGGCCACUUCUUACUCUAUCAAGUACCCUGAAAGAGUUAAACACCUUAUCCUGGUAGACCCAUGGGGCUUUCCCCUCCGACCAACUGACCCACGUGAGAUCCGGACACCUCCAACAUGGGUCAAGGCUGUGGCUUCUGUCCUGGGACGUUCCAAUCCACUGGCUGUCCUUCGUGUUGCUGGGCCUUGGGGGCCUGGCCUGGUGCAACGAUUCCGGCCAGACUUCAAGCGCAAGUUUGCAGACUUCUUUGAAGAUGAUACCAUAUCAGAGUAUAUCUACCACUGCAAUGCACAGAAUCCCAGUGGGGAAACAGCAUUCAAAGUCAUGAUGGAAUCUUUCGGCUGGGCCCGGCGCCCCAUGUUGGAACGAAUUCACUUAAUUCGAAAAGAUGUGCCCAUCACCAUGAUCUAUGGAGCUAACACCUGGAUAGACACCAGUACAGGAAAAAAGGUGAAGAUGCAGCGGCCAGAUUCCUAUGUCCGAGACAUGGAGAUUGAAGGUGCAUCACACCAUGUUUAUGCAGACCAGCCACACAUCUUCAAUGCUGUGGUAGAAGAGAUCUGUAACUCGGUCGAUUGAGCUGCUCCCUCCCAUUAGAAGAAGAGGAGGAAACCAGAGUCACUCUCAUCUCCCUGUUCCUGCUUAGUCAGCUCCUCUGUCCUUUCCUUACCAAUUAACAUAUGCCAGCCAGGCAGAGUCUUGGGCUGUCCCCAAGACAGGAUCACAGUGAAAAAGAUACUCACAAGCCCAUGCUGAGGACAAGAGGCAGAAGCCACAAGAGGCCUUGACUUCUCCAACCUGGGGAAGAACAUAAAGGGUUGCCUAGUGCCACCCAUUCUCUCCAUGCCAAGUAUUAUCAAGAUAAUGAAUAUGAAGAGAUUUCACCAAGCCAUGUUGCCUCCCUGUGCGACUUUCCUUCCUCUGAGCAGAGAAGGACUCCCAGCAGCUAGUGUCUAUGGGUAGGUUUCCAUGCAAGAACAUGUCCCUUCUCCAUCACACCCUCACCUCCAUCCAAGGUCUGCUUGAAGUCAGUUCCCACUUACCUGUCUGAGGUAAGUUCUGGAGCUCUGUUCACCUGAAUAGUCUCUUCCAUGACCUAGGAGGUCAUAUCCAAAGCAUUUCUUGGCAGAAGAGUAAACAGACCAGGGCAGGCUAUAUGGUAUGAUAUGGGUUCCAGCAGAAUUAAGUCUAUAACCCAGGUUUGCUGACACCUGGUGUGUGUUAUAGACUUCAUUCACUAAGGGUUGAGGCAGGUAUACUGCCAUGAGCUAGUCUGGAUUUAAGCCUAACCCUGCCUCAUAUUCUACCCCUAAUAUAUAGGCAUACUAUUGUCCUACCCUGUGUCUCAAUCCUGGCUGCCUAAAGUGGGGCACUCAAACUCUUUGCCUCAUCUUUCUCCCCAUGGGAGGCCUCUUAGCCUCUUCUGUGCCUUAUACCCUAAAGCCCCACAUGUAGUAUAGUAUAAGUACAGCAAAGGUGGUUCCUGAUGGAAAAUGGGGAUCAGCCAGAGCCAUGUCUUAUCACUAUGCCCACAAAUAUGUGCAGAAUUUUUCUACUAAGCCCUAAAGCUGAGGCCCACUGAGAGCCCUUGCCCACGGCCCACCUGGAAGCCUCAAUACAUGUCAGCUGCAGAAUGAUUCUCACUGCCUGACCUCCUCCACCUGCCAUCUGUGUCCACAGUCUUCAGUUCAUUCCACCUCUAAACUACUGUUAGCCCUUAUCCAGGGUUGUAUUCUAUGUUCUGCUAGGAGGUUCUGGGCAAUAAGGCUGGGUCUGGUCCCAGAAGCAGGCAAAUCCUGCCUGCUCCUUUACUUUUAUAAAGCCUACUCUUUCACCAGAAUAGUAUUAAUUCCUGGUGCUUUGUACUACUGGUUCAGCUGCCUUGGGCUCCUUUUUUAUGUUAAUAAAGAAAUGAGUAAAAACUA